AUGCUGGCGUAUCGUCCCAAGUUUACCCCCAUUGCAAAACGACGUGAAUUAGAGGUGAAGGGUAGUUUCGUCAUACCACUUUCAACGGAUACUUUCCCUAUAAAAGGAAACCCUGGGCUUCUAACCAUGGACGCGGGACUGUGGAAUUCUUCUUCCUCCAAGAUCAACUCCAGAUCCCCCUUCCAGGGUCGCCUCUUCCGAACUAAGAAUUCUCAAGAAAAUUUGGACAGGUUUAUUCCUAAUCGCUCUGCGAUGGACUUCGGCUACGCGCACUAUAUGCUCACGGAGGGCAACAAGAAGGGCAGGGAGAAGGAAAACGACGUGGUGACGUCACCAUCUCAACAAGCAUACCAGAAGCAACUCGCGGAGGCUUUCAACAUGAAUCGGACUCGAAUCUUGGCUUUCAAGAACAAACCCCCAACGCCUGUUGAACUCAUUCCCAAGUGCGUCCUUUCGCCUCCUCCUCCACCCAAAUCCUCUAAGCCCAGACGUUACAUUCCUCAGAGUUCUGAGAGGACGUUGGAUGCUCCUGAUAUACUGGAUGACUUUUAUUUGAACCUGUUGGAUUGGGGUAGUGGCAAUAUUCUUAGUCUUGCUCUUGGGAACUCGGUGUAUCUAUGGAAUGCCGAUGACACCUCCACCUCCGAACUUGUCACUGUGGAUGAGGAAGAUGGUCCUGUUACAAGUGUGUCCUGGGCUCCGGAUGGGCGCCAUUUAGCCAUUGGGUUGAACAAUUCUCAUGUCCAGCUCUGGGAUUCUCAUUCUUCUAGGAUGAUAAGAACACUAAGAGGUGGACAUCAAGCACGAGUGGGUUCACUGUCUUGGAACAAUCAUAUUCUCACAACAGGAGGGAUGGAUGGUAGAAUCGUUAACAACGAUGUUAGAGUGCGGUCUCAUAUUGUUGAAUCUUAUAGAGGACAUCAGCAGGAGGUCUGUGGUCUUAAGUGGUCUCCCUCAGGACAACAAUUGGCGAGUGGGGGAAACGAUAAUGUUAUUCACAUAUGGGACAGGGCUACUGUCUCUUCAAAUUCUGCUACCCGUUGGCUUCACAGAUUUGAGGAGCAUAGAGCUGCUGUGAAGGCACUAGCUUGGUGUCCAUUCCAGGCAAAUCUGCUAGCUUCUGGUGGAGGUGGUGGUGAUCACUGCAUUAAGUUCUGGAACACCCAUACAGGGGUGUGCUUGAACUCUGUCAACACAGGUUCACAAGUGUGCGCUCUUCUCUGGAGCAAGAACGAGCGUGAGUUGCUUAGCUCGCAUGGUUUCACCCAGAACCAGCUAACUCUUUGGCAAUAUCCUUCCAUGCUUAAGAUGGGGGAGCUCAAGGGUCAUACUUCCAGGGUGUUGUUUAUGACGCAAAGUCCAGAUGGGUGUACUGUGGCCUCUGCAGCAGGGGACGAGACUCUGAAAUUUUGGAAUGUUUUUGGAACUCCCCAGGCUUCCAAACCGGCGCCGAAAGCUAGUACUGAGCCCUUUGCUCAUGUGAGUCGUAUUCGUUGA